AUGAAGCCUCACCCUCAGCACCCUGAAGCCACAACCCAAAAGAAGGAUUCUGUGACCGCUCCCACAUCAGAACAGCCCAACCUCCAACCAACUGAGAUUAGUUGUGCCAACCAGACAUUUGCUCAAAAAGAUGGGAUUAAUAAACAACAACUUAGUUCAACAGUUACAACACUGACUAUUGACAAUAAUCAGCAGACAACUAAAACAGGCUUACCGUCUACCCAAUCUGAACCACCAUCAAGGGCAGAACCCCCUCAAGAAGGGACAGGUUUCUUUAGCUUUGGGUUUGGUGGUGUGCGUUCUCGAUCUCCAUCUCCUCAGGUGGCUAACUCUGCUGUUUCUGGAAAGGUUCUAGGCUUUGGAUCCUCCUUACUCAGCUCAGCAUCUAACCUGAUCCCAUCGGCAGUUCAGAACGAGCCUUCCACCACGCCACCAACUUCUCGAAAGGGAUCUACAGUGUCUCAAACCUCUGCCAAUGUAACCAGUACACUACCUGCAUCACAAACAGUAUCUGCAGCAUCAAAACCCGAUGCCAAAAUAUCCUCAACAGGACCAGAAUCUAAAUCAUCAACUGCUGAUAAAGAGAAGACACCAGGACAUCAGCGGAGUAAGGCACCCUUAUCUGAAGAAAAGAUACCAAAACAUAUGCCAAAAAUAGAUCAAGAUGUUCAGCAUCUUCCCAAAGCCUGUCCACUCUGUAAAGAAGCGCUCAAGAAGGAUCCUCCCAACUACAAUGUCUGCACUGAAUGCAAAAAGUAUGUUUGUAAUCUUUGUGGAUUCAACCCGAUGCCUCAUCAAACAGAGGUGACAGAAUGGCUUUGCCUGAACUGUCAGAUGCAAAGAGCUCAUGAUAAUGCUUCAGUGGUGCCCCAGAAAAUACCUGGACAACCCCAUUCUUCACCAAAGGCAGGAAUGACUCUGUCAUUACAACAUAAAGAUGCUUAUGCUGUUGACUCAACAAAGAAAAUAACUAAGCCAAUAACAGCAUCUCCACAGAAAGAGAAUAAAUUUGGAGCCAUUCAGAAAACAGAGCAACAGCAAAUGAAGGCACCAAAUGACUCACCUCCUCUACACAAACGUCAGCAUCUAGAAACUGGGAAAUCUCAGGGUGAUAUAUCAAAGAUGGAUAAGUCAGAAACCAAGGAUGAAUCAGGUUUCUUUGGUUUUGGUUUUGGUGGUGCUCGAUCACGGUCACCAUCUCCCAAGCCUGCCUCUGCAGUUUCUGGAAAGAUUUUAGGCUUUGGUACAUCUUUCCUCAGCUCAGCAUCUGAUCUGAUCUCUUCAGCUGUUAUGGAUGAGCCUUCCACCACACCACAAGCCUCUCGUAAAGGUUCGUCUGUCUCUGAAAGUUCUAUUAGUUCUACUACACCACCGUCCUCUAGAAAAGGUUCUGCAGUUUCACAGACUUUGUUCAAAACAGCAUUGCCCACUUCCUAUAAGGGUUCAUCAGUUUCACAGACAUCUAACAAGACUGGAUCUUCAACCUCAAUGCCAGUUAGUUCACACAAAAGGACUGACAUUUCCCAGGACAUAAUGACAGAGACCAAAAAAUCUUUGAAUGAAAAAGCAGAGGAAAAUAAAUUCCAGGAGCCACAGCAACCCAAAACACUAUCUGAAAAAGUCAAGGAAUCUGCAGCUGUUGAGAAAUCAUCUAAUCAGCUACCAAAAACUUGUCCACUUUGCACAACAGAUAUAAAAAAAGAUCCCCCUAACUAUAGCACGUGCACUGAAUGCAAAAGCAUUGUGUGUGACCUUUGUGGAUUCAGCCCCAUGCCUCUUGAAACAGAGAUAAUGGAGUGGCUCUGUCUGAACUGCCAUACAAGACGAGCAUCAGGAAUAUCUCAGUCUAACAAAAUCCCCCCAACAUCAUCUCCUCAAAAUAAGAAGACACCGGUGUCAGAACACCCUGAGAAGAAGAAAGAUUUUCCUGAGAAACCUACUCAAAAAGCCCAGACAACUGUUGAGAUAAAACAAAAAGAUGAAAUAUCUGCUGCAGUAGUGGAUAUGCAGGUCAAUCAGCAGCAGCCUACUCUACAAUACAAUGUUGAAAAAAUUCAAAAGACUUCAAAAGUUGAGCCCUCUCCAGCCAAGGAUACACCCCUGCAAGAAAACCCAGGAUUCUUUGCCAUUGGUGGUGCUCGAUCUCGAUCACCAUCCCCACAGCCUGCUGUGUCUGCUGUGACUGGGAAGGUUUUAGGAUUUGGUUCUUCCUUUUUCAGCUCUGCAUCUAAUCUUAUCUCAUCAGCAGUUCAAGAAGAACCUCCUAUAACACCCCCAACUUCUCGCAAAGUUUCAUCAAGCUCUCAAAGUUCCAGUAGAUGCAGUACACCACCUCCAUUCUCCCGCAAAGGUUCUGGAGUCACCCAGGCCACCAUACCUCAAGGGGACUCUCAGAAAACGCAGUCAAGUAUAAAUAAAUCACAGACUGUAGAUGACAAAGAAGGAACAACACCUGAGGUAGCAAAACAUCAGGUAAAGGAAGCCCCAAAAUCAAAUGAAUCCAAGCCAGAGCCAUCAAAAGUGAAAGAAGCCUCUCACAUUCUCCCUAAAAGCUGCCCUCUCUGCAAGGUGGAGAUCAAGAAUGAUCCUCCCAACUACAACACCUGCACUGACUGCAAAAAUAUUGUAUGUGUACAAUGUGGAUUCAAUCCUUCACCACACCAAACAGAGAAGAUGGAGUGGCUGUGUUUGACCUGCCAAAUACAGCAAGCAUCAGGAGCUUCUCAACAGCUUCAACAACAGGAUAACAAAGUACCACUGUCCUUCUCAAAACAAAAUAAAGAGUCUCUAAUUCCAGAAAAGGAUAAGAAAUCACUUGCUGAUGGAAAACUACAUGACAAUCAAUGUGAAGCUGAGAAAAAGCAAGGCAGCCUGACAAUAACACAUAAUAUGCAAAGUCAGCAGCCUAAGCAAAAAACUCAGCAAAUGAAAGAUGGAAUUUUCACACUUGCUAAAUCAGAACCUCCAAAUAAGGAAUCAGACUUUAUUGGUUUUGGUAGACGAUCUCCAUCACCGUCCCAACAGCCUGCUCUUUCUGGAAAAGUUUUAGGUUUUGGUUCUUCAAUCUUCAGCUCAGCAUCUCAUCUGAUAUCCUCAGCUGUUCAAGAUGGAGCUUCUCCAACACCAUCAACUUCACGCAAGGGUUCUACUGUUUCUCAAACUUCUGAAACUACUGAACCAAUCACACUUGAUUCAAGCAAGAUAGCUGAAACUUCUAAAAUUACACUGCUGGCUUCCAGUAAAGUAUCUUCCCAAGACUCUCCUAAGGAUAAAUCUAGUAAUGUAACAAAACCUUCAACUAAACACGAUGAAGAAAGAGACAUCCAGGAAAUGAAAUCACAAGGGGAAAACUCUACACCAAUUCUAACACCCAUUUUGAAGGAUGAAACUCUAUCAGAUGCCACAAAAUUUACAGAAAACCUUCAGACACUUCCCAAAGUCUGCCCGCUCUGCAAGGUAGAAAUCAAGAAGGAGCCUCCUAACUACAACAUCUGCACUGAAUGCAAGAAUGCAGUUUGUAACCUUUGUGGAUUUAACCCAAUGCCUGACCAAACAGAGAUACAGCGAACAUCAGGACCUCCAAAUCCAACUCAGCCAAAACCUAUCAACGCUCCUGCACCAGCCUUACCACAAAAAGAUGUUCAAGCUCAAGUUUCUCAAAGCCUCUCUCCACAACAGAGCUCCAAAGGUGGCACAUCAGCAAAGCCUGUUCUUUCCCAAACUGAAACAUCUAAAGUUAAAUCCAGCUUUACGGUUACUCAUGACCAGUCUCAGUCUCCAUUUCCUCAGCUUGCUGACUCUACCAUAUCAGAAAAGGAUUUAGGAUUUGGCUCUUCCAUUAUCAGCACAGCAUCUGACCUUAUUUCUUCAGCUGUUCAGGAUGAAGCAUCUAUCACACCACCAUCUUCCCAUAAAAGUUCUGCAGUGUCCAAGGCAUCUAUCAAAACAUCAACACCACCUGCUUCUCGUAAGGUACCUGUAGCUUCUGAAAAAGACCUUUCUUCUAAUGAGCCAGAAUCAAUUACUCAGGAACCAAGAUCUGAGGAGAAAAUUUCAGAGCUUCAGACCACCAAAGAACAAUCUGCUAAAGUGAAAGAAGAUGGGAAAGAAGCUUGCCCACUGUGCAAUGAGAAAUGCAAAAAUGACCCUCCAAACUUCAACACUUGUACAUCUUGCAAGAUGACUGUGUGUAAUCUCUGUGGAUUUAACCCCAUGCCAGAUCAAACUGAGGUGAACGAGUGGUUAUGUUUGAACUGCCAGAUGCAACAAUUAGCAGGGGCUUUACCUGCACAGCCACAGGCUAAAAAGAUGCUGCCACUAGGACCAUCAGAGCAGAAGGAAACUCCAGUUGCAUCUCAGAAGAAAUCAAUUCUCCCAGUAGAUGUCACAGACAACAGUAAAAGGCCUUCUGAAAUUGGAAAAUCAGGGGACCAACCCCUUGUCCCAGCAUCACAGAAUCCCAUUUCUGCUUCUUCAAAAUCACAACCUUCUCCUGCUAUGUCUUCUCAACCUCCAAAAGCUGAUCCUCCAAAAGAGGAUAAGGGUUCAGCCAUUUCUCAAACCUCUGCAAAGGCUACAUCAGGUUUGCAUGCAUCUGUAGAAACUGCUACCUCUGGGAAGACAAAAUCACCUACUGUUCAAAAGCAAGAAGAAAUGAUACCUGCAGAUGAAGCACCACAUGCUCAGUCUGCCAAAGUACCAUCUGCUCUUGAAAAAGGGGAUACAGAUUUAUCCAAGCUUCAAAAAGGCUGUCCAGUCUGCAAGGAGAUAUUCAAGGAAGAUCAUCCAAACUACAAUACUUGUGAUUCCUGUAAAGCCAUUGUGUGUAACCUUUGUGGUGGCUUGAACUCCAGGGCAGAAAUAACUGAGAAUAAGAGCUGGUUGUGUUUGAACUGCCAGAUGCAGCAAGCAUCAGGAUCUCUUCUUGCAAAGGAAGUACCUCUUACAAAAUCAGAGAAGGAGGCUAUAAGUCCAGGUCCUACAAAGAAAAAGACAAGCAUUCCAAUGGGUGAUACAGAUUAUGAUCAAAUCCCCAAAAUAAAUGGAAAACCUCAUGACAAACUCACUUUAGAAAAGACUCCAAAAGCCACUACUAGUGUGGCAGAACAUAAAUCAUCUCAUGUUGAAUCUGUUGAACCACAACCUACAAAGCCUUCAGAGAAACAGUCUGGCUUCUUUGGUUUCAGUUUUGGUGGUACUAAAUCACGACCUCCAUCUCCUCAGCUGGCUGCCUCUGCAGUUUCUGGGAGAGUUCUAGGCUUCGGUUCAUCCUUCCUUAGCUCAGCCUCUAAUCUGAUCUCUUCAGCUGUUCAGGAUGAACCAUCCAUAACACCACCAACCUCUCGUAAAGGUUCUACAAUUUCUAUAAAAAACACUACAACACCACCUUUGUCCCGCAAGAGUUCAACAGUACAUCAACAUGGAGAAAAGAAAGAAACAGAAAAUAAAUCACAAGACCAGAUGACAAAGGAAUCAGUUCCUCUUCCGAAAAAGGAUACAGCUCAUUUUGAGCUUCUCAAAGCUUGUCCACUCUGUAAGGUUGACCUUAAGGAUGAUCCACCCAACUUUAACACCUGCACACAAUGUAAAACUAUUGUGUGUAACCUUUGUGGUUUUAGUCCUAUUCCACAAGAAACUGAGGUGCCAGAAUGGCUGUGUUUGAGUUGCCAGAUGCAGCGAGCCCCAGGACCUCUUAAUCCAAAAACUCAGUCAGAGGUUAACAAGGUACCUUCACCAGCAUUACCAAAGAAGAACGAGACUCCUGCUGCAGGUAGCCCACAGACAAAACCAAGUCUUCCAGCAAAUGCCAAAAAUGAGAAGCCAUCUGGAGUUGGUAAACCAGUAAAUAAACCUAUGACAUCAGAGUCCCAAAAACCCACUGCUCCUUCUCCUUCAAGACAACCUUCUCCUGCAAAAUCUGAAACAUCCCAAAAAGUUGAACCUCCAAAGGAGGAGUCAAGCUUAUUUGGAUUCAGUUUUAGUGGUACUCGAGCUCGGUCACCAUCUCCACAACCUGAUAUUUCAGCAGUUUCUGGAAAAGUUCGAGGCUUUGGCUCCUCCUUUCUCAGUUCUGCAUCUAAUUUGAUCUCGUCAGCUGUUCAGCAUGAGCCUUCUACAACACCGCCAACAUCCCGUAAAGGAUCGACCACUUCCCAAACUUCUGUAAAGAUUACUCCAAGUCCAUCUACUUCUCACAAGAAGCAAGAGGAAAAAAUAGAAACAGAAAGCAAAUUGGAAGUCCAGUUGCCAAAUGCAGAUAUACCUCUCUCAGAGUCACUUGGACAUUGCCCAAUCUGCAUGGCUGACAUAAGGAAGGAUCCACCUAACUACACUACAUGCACCGAAUGCCAAAAAACAGUGUGUAACCUUUGUGGAUUCAGUUCUAUGGCACAAGAAACAGAGGGUAAGAAAUGGUUAUGUUUGGACUGCCAGAAGCAGCAAACACCAGGACCUUCACCUAUACAGCCUCAAAUAGAUGCAAACAAGGUACCUCCACCAGCACCAAAGCAAGAGGCUGAAACUACAGAUGAUCCACAAAAGACGUCAAGUCUCUCAAUUGAUGCCACAAUAAAAGCUGCUGAAGUUGUAAAAAAAGACAAUAAAUCCAGUCCAGCAGAGUCACAGAAACCCACUGCUAUUCAGUCAGCACAACAAUCCUCUCCUGACACAUCUGCUAUACCAAAAAAUGCUGAAACCUCAAAAGAGGAGACAAGCUUUUUCAGCUUCAGUGCUGGCAGUGCGAAGUCACCAUCUCCUCAGCCUGAUAUCUCUGCUGUUUCUGGGAAGGUUCGAGGCUUUGGCUCAUCUUUUUUUAGCUCAGCAUCUAAUUUGAUUUCAUCGGCUCUUCAGGAUGAACCUUCUACCACACCACCAUCUUCUAGAAAAAGUUCUACAAUUUCUCAGAGAUCUGAAAAGGAUACUCCAACAGCACAUGCAUUGCACAAGGAGUUGAUAACACACAAAGAAGAAGAAAAGAUGGAAAUCAAAAUUACAUCAGAUGGAAAGUCAGCUGUGUCACCUCUUGUUGAAAAAGAUGAGCAUCUCAAUAAGCCUCUUAAACCUUGUCCACUAUGCAAAGUGAUGCUCAGGAAAGAUCCACCCAACUAUGACACCUGCACUGAAUGUAAAACUACUGUGUGUAAUCUUUGUGGAUUUAGUCCGAUGCCACAACAAACUGAAGUGAAAGAAUGGCUGUGUUUGAACUGCCAGAUGCAGCGAGCACCAGGGGCUCCCUCUACACAGCCUCAGCAACAGGCUAAGAAAGAAACACCACCAGCAUCACCACAACAGAAGGCAAAACCUCCUGCUGGAAAGCCAGAGGACAAGCUUACUCAAGUAGAGACAAAGAAAUCCAUUUCUACACCUGCAAAACAACAAUCUACACCAACACCAAAAGCUGAACCUUCAAAGAAAGAGUCAGGGUUCUUCGGUUUUGGUGGUGCUCGUUCUCGAUCUCCAUCUCCUCAGCCAACUGUAUCUGCUGUUUCUGGAAAAGUUCUAGGCUUUGGGUCUUCUCUCUUUAGCACGGCAUCUAAUUUAAUUUCUUCAGCUGUUCAUGAUGAGUCUACAACACCACCAACACCUCGCAAGGGUUCUGCUACUUCUCACACUUCUGUAAACAUCACAACAGCAACUCCUCCUUCUUCUCAGAAAGAAUUUGUAGAGCCAGAACAUCACACUAAAGAAACCAAAACGCCAGUCAAAGAGGAAAAACCUCCUGUUGCAAAGAAACCUGAGGAACAACUUAAUGAAAUGCAAGUGAAAAUGACUAAGGUAACAGAUGGACCCCCAAGUGUGGAAGACACUUCUAAACAUCAGAAUGUUGCUUGUCCUAUCUGUAGGAUAGCACUUCAUGUCAGCUCAACUGAAGAACCUAACUACAAUACCUGUACAGAGUGCAAGGAAACAGUAUGCAACCUGUGUGGAUUUAAUCCCAUUCCCCAUCAGACGGAGGUUUAUGAAUGGCUUUGCCUAAACUGCCAAACACAGAGAGCAUUACAGGGAAGUGCACCACAAGAACCACAAACAAAACCAAAUAUUGAAUCCACUUCCACACAGUCUCCAAGCAACAUAACACCUGAAACAGCAACUUGUGAAAACAACAUAAAGGAUCUAUCUCAGCUUCAGGCACCUCCCAAAGAUGUGCCUGCUGCAGAUCAAAAUAAAGCUUCUAAUCUAACUUCUGUUCUACAUGAUAAAAUUUCAAAUACAGACACAACCCAAAUGAAAGAUGCUGUAAAUCACAUGGCAGUUAAAAAAGCCCAGGAAAAAGAAACUCUUGCUGACACUAAAGAAGGGACUCCAACAAAAGAUAUGCUGUCUUCUGAAGCAACAGCUAUCUUGGAGGAUCAAAAUGCUGCACUUCCACAGAAACCUGGAAUUGACCAAGAACCAACUGGGAAGCCAACAGACAGUAACUCAGAAAUCAACAAUAUUCUGGAAAAACCUGAGCAAUUGCAAUCUAAAUUCUCUGCACCAGAACCAGACAUCUCAAAACAGGAAUCAGGCUUUUUUGGGUUUGGAUUUGGCAGUACUAAAUCACAAUCUAAACCAUCUAAACCUUCUGACACAAGCACAGGGAAACUCUUUGGCUUUGGUGGUUUGACUGAGGCACCCUCACCACAAUCUGCCUCUUCUGUUUCUGGGAAGGCUUUAGGUUUUGGAUCGUCCAUCUUCAGCUCAGCUUCUAAUUUGAUCUCAUCAGCUGUUCAUGAUGAGCCCUCCACAGCCCCACCAAGUUCCCGUAAGGGUUCCACAGUUUCCCAGAUAUCUAUCAAAGCAGUCACACCACCCUCUUCCCGUAAAGGGUCAACAGUUUCCCAAGGUUCUCUUGAAACACCACCAACUUCUCGCAAGGGUUCUGCUGCUUCUCAGUCAUCCUUCAAGACUUCUCCUUCUGGAGACACGAAACCAUCAGAUUCACAAAAACAGGAUGAACAGGCAGCAGAUGAGAAGUCAAAGGUCAAGCUAGAUGGAGCGUCUUCAGAACAUACCAAUCACCUGAAUCAGAGAAACACACCUGAAUCAGAGAAACACAUUGAGAAGCCAUCAGAUGUGAAUUUAGAAGUCAAAUCAUCUGCUCCUUUGCAAUCAGCCUCUAAAUUGGCUCAAUCUAGCUGUCCUAUCUGCAAAGUGACGCUGAAUAUGGCCUCAGAAGACCUGCCUAAUUUCAACACUUGCACUGAAUGUAACAACAAUGUAUGCAAUCAGUGUGGAUUUGAUCCCAUGCCAAAUCAGUCAAUGGUAAAACAAUGGCUUUGCAUGAAUUGCCAGAAGCAGAGAGCAGAAGCAGGAAUAGAACCAACAGGAAGUUCCAUGAUAAAACCUCACCCAACAUUAACAAAAAAGGACAAUCAAUCACCAGCUUCAGAGCACAAAUUAGCUGAAACAUCCACUGUAUGUGUAGAUGGAAAGACUUCACCUAUCCCAGAAGCAGGAAAAAAAGAUCAUCAAAAGCCAAGCUUGAAUGAAAAUGUGCCCCCUCCAAAAAAAGAGCUUCCCCAACAAAUGGCACAAGAGGAGAAGGAUGAAAAAUCACAGAAACAAGUGACAAAAGGCAUUGAGUCACCAGCCAGAUCCACUCCACCUUCACAGGCUGAGGUUCCAAAGCAGCAAUCACGCUUCUUUGGAUUUAGCGUCAGCAGUGGUAAGUCUCAACCUGCCUCUUCUAAAUCCUCUGAAUCGAUGAAGCUCUUUGGAUUUUCUGGGCUGACUGAGACUGCCAGAUCACGAUCACCAUCACCACAGUCUAUGACUAAUGUCCCUGGAAAGUUUUUAGGAUUUGGCUCAACCAUCUUUAGUUCUGCCUCCAAUUUGAUUUCAUCAGCUCUUCAGGAUGAGUCAUCUCCACCAGUCUCUCGUAAGGGCUCUACAGUAUCUCAGUCUUCUACACCACCUACUUCUCGCAAGGCUUCUAUAAUCCUCACUGGAGAGCCCAAAGCUCUUAUAUCAAAGAAGUUAGAUGAGAAGCCAGUAGAAAAGAAGAUAGAAGAACCUCACGCGAUCGAAGACAAGGCAUCUGUUACUGAAAAGCAAGAAGCUAUGCCUGAGUCUGUGGAAGUGACAGUACUGCCAAAAUCUCCUUCCAAAGCAAGCCAACCAACCUGCCCACUUUGUAAGGUGGAUCUUAAUGUUGGCUCAAAAGAACAUCCCAACUACAACACAUGCACGGAGUGCAAAGAUAUGGUGUGUAACCUCUGUGGAUUUAACCCCAUGCCUCACCUUGCCGAGGGUGAGUGGCUAUGUUUGAACUGCCAGACUCAGAGAGCCCUAUCUGGUAACCUGGGAGACAUUGGACAAAUUCACAGACCAGUACCUAUACCUGGAACUAAAGCAGCAGCUUUACCCAAAGCCCAAACAAUCAAAAUAUUAGAAGGUGGUCAGGCCACUGAAACCCCUGGGCCUACUGUCCUUAAACAUACACCUGAAGAACAAAUAAUGGCCUCAAAAGUACUACCUGUGGAACCCAUUGAAGCUGCUGACAAAAUGGAUGAAUUGAAAAGUAUACCUCCAAAACCUACAGUAAGAGAGGAGAAAUUGACUACAGAAGAACUCAUACAAAAAGCAAGCUCUCAGGAAGCAGAGACACUCCAGAUAGAAUCAGAAACACCACCUACUGAAGCGGUCAUCACAGCAGUUGAGUUAAAAAGUGAAACUGUACAACCAAUGGUCAGUACAAAAGAUGAACCAACACAGGCAAUGGACUCUCCAAACAUAAUGAAGCCUCCUACUGUUGAAGCAUCACUUGAAUUCAAGGAGGCUUGUGAACUUACAUAUAUGGUAGCAAAAUUGGCAGAAGAUUCUGCAUUUCCAGAUAAACUUAUCCAAAAUGAAGAGGCUUUAAUUCAGUUAAAUAUUACUCCUACUAAGCACUGUGAAAGUGAAAGCAUAGUACUCUCAGUAUCAGGGGACAAGACAAACAACUUGAAAGUGAAUGAUAAAGACCCACAGGGACCGAAUACAUUUCCAGUUUCACCUGAAUCAUACAGUUCAUCUGAGGAAGAGCUUAAAGAGAUUCAGAGGGCUAGCGAGUCUCUUUUUGAGGAAACUGCAGCAGAGCUGGCCCAUAUUAAAGAAACAGUGUGGACAAAACAGCAUUCUGAUUCUGGAGAUGAAGAGCUCAUACAGAUACAGAUAAAGCAAACAAGUGAAAAUAAGGAUUUGUCACCAACUCAUCAACAAAGUUGCAUCGCAAAACAGAUCAGAGAAAAAGACAAUCAAGUUCUGCAUGAAGACAGUGAUGCAGAUACUGGAAGUACCGAUCAUGAAGCUGAAAGAGUGAUAAAGCAACUUAAUGUGCCCGAAGAAAGUGUUGAUAGUCGCCUCUUGUCUCAAGAACAAGAAGGUCAUUUAAUGCAGGCCAGUCCCAUCGAUAAAACAGUAAAAACAUUUCACCCAAAUGAUAAUGAAAAUGAAGAAACCAGAGACCUUAACAACACAAGAGCUAUUUCUGUACAACAAAAUGCUCCUGUCAGUCAGACUUCAGAAGAAGAGAGCUUAGCUGAAGAUAUGUCUAAAGACGGUGGAUCUUCCAGCAUGCAAGCAUCACACAUCACAUCAGGAACCACAUCACCUACAUCUAUGUCUUCACUUGGUGAAGAAAGUGAUAGCAGUCCAUGUCACAAGAAGGAGAAUUUAGAGGGCAAGCAGCAACGAAAAGUUAAGCAUAGGCCAGGUCAAACCCUUCAAACUAUAGCAGACUCUUCUGAGGAGGAAGAGAUCCUGGGGGAAGGAGAUCAACUUAUAGAACAAGAAAUACAAAGGGACACUGAUCAAAGACAGCUCAAAAUGUCUUACAAAAAAUCCAGUAAAGAAAAAGACAAUUUGCUAGAUCAUCCAUCAAAUCACUCUCAGAUAGAGUGCAUACCUAAAAUUGAUGAAGUUUUGCAAGUUUCAGAAAUAAAAAUAUAUGAGACAUUUUCUUACUCAAACAUCUCACCAAGUACAGAGUCAGAACAAGAAAAUGUUGUUAGCCACCAACUGCCACCAGUGGAUGUGAUGCGUAAUGUUGGAGAGAAACAAUUAAAGAGUGCAGAUGAGGCAUAUGAAGAAAUUAUGCAGAAAGCCCAAGAACUCAAAGCUAUGACAAAGAAAAUCACUCCACCUGAUAUUGAGCCACUGUAUGAAGGCAUGCUGAUAGAGGACUACGCUUACGAGUCAUUAGUGGAGGAACCAGCACAGGCUAUAGGAGGUGAUCAUAAUACUACUGUAAAUGAGUACUUGACUAAUGUGUCUGUUCAACAAACAGAAAGAAAGCUUCAAACACCAGAGGAGGCCUAUGAGGAGAGGCAGAAAAAUAGAGAACUCAUGCUAAAAGAUCAAACAUUUGAACAUGCACAGCUAAACAAAUCAGCUCCUCACAGAGAUACCACUGUAACUGCCAUUACUGACACUUGUUAUGUAAAUAUAUCAGAAAACUAUGAGUUUACAAAACCCCAAGAUGAAAAUUGGCAGUGGUAUGCUGAAACUGCAAAUGACGAACUGCUGGAGAGGGAAAAAGAAGUUAUGACACCAGGAACAAGUCCUACACAAUCAACUCCUCUAUCACCGGUAUCACCUUUGUCUUUAUCUGAGCCUUUAUAUGAUUCUUCUGAAGUAGUACAAAUUCCCUCAAGUGGGGAAGAGGAUAAUGACAAGGAUGAAUUUGCAACUGAACCUAUUGAGUGUGCCAUGGAGCCUUACAUGGCGGAGUCAAUACCUUCACAAGAUCAGCCUGUUAAAAAUGUUCUCUAUCCUAUUCCUGACCUAAAAAUUACUCAGUGUUCAUCUGGUGAAGAGGAGGCUGAGGAUGAAGAGAGUAUCACACAAGAAUAUGAAAUAGUUAUGUUAAAUGGUAUUGUUCAGUGUGAUGACAGAUCAGAGGAAGCUUCUGAAUUUAUAGAAUCUUCACUAGAGGCACAGUCAAUAGAGUCUGAGCCAACAUCUGUUGUGUCUGAAGUUCCACUGUCAAAAUCAGCACUUGAACAUGUGUCCCUUGCUUCUGCUUGGGAUUCACAAGCAUCUCCUCAGUCUCUGCCAAGUAAAUCCUUAGAUUUUACAACAUCUUCCUCAUGUGUUAUAGAUCAGACUGCAGGGCAAGCUUCCAUUCCACCAAAACCCUAUGUUGCUGAAAGUCCAACAAGUCUCGGAUCUGAUUCUGCACAAGGUAUAAUUUCAGUGGCAGACUUAGUAUCAAAACCAGCAUGUCAAGAUUUUGUACGACCUCAUUCUACUGUAAUUGACAUCUCUGUUGAAGAAAUUGUAUGCCCCUCCCAAGUUGCUGCAUCUACCCAACAAACCGUAAAGAUCUCAACAGCUCCAAGUCUACCUGGGAUGUCUGCUACUAAACCACCACUAGUUUCAAAGCCAACACUAGUUUCUUCUCAAGCAGAUACUGCUGUUUCUGAAUCAUCAGUGACUCCAGAACCAAACCAAGCUACUAAGCCAGCUGAUGUCUCCAUUUCUAAGCCACUACUAGCUCCUAAACCAGUUUUCACCUCAAAGCCUACCCCAGAUGCAAUUAUUGUUACAAUACAAGAUGGAGUAUCACAACCUGAUUCAGUUUUACAGACUACAUAUUCAAAAACAAUUUUGGAACCAACAAAUAUUGUAGAUUAUUCUACCCUCAUGUCAACAACUACAGUAACUCCAGUGUCCACACAUGAGCAAAUUACAGCUUCUGUCACAAGUCAAGCAGUGAGUUCAUCCUCAGUAGUAGCUACAGUGUCUUUAAUCCCAGAUUACCCAACUGCACCAGUUUAUGUGUCACAGGCCCAAAUUCCAUGCAUAACUUCAACUCCUUUUGUGCCUGAUGUUGUAUUUCCUACAUCAGAACACCCAAUUCAAGUACCAUCUUUAGAUCCCACUCCUAGAUAUACCAGAAGAGAACAUGCAUCUUCUGCCAUUAUUCCAGAACCUGUUCCAAUUGUUGUCAAAAUCCCAGACCUCGUGUCUUCUUCACCUUCAGAGUAUCCAAUUCAUAGUGCAGGUGUAAUAUCUACACAAGCACACACUCCUGCUUUACCAAGUACCUCAACCAUAGAUCAAGGUCAUAUUUCUACCCCAACUGCAGUAUCAACCUACUCCUCAAAAGACACUCUCGCUACAGGCCAGAGUGUAUCUUUUAAACCAUGUGCUCUUUCCUCAUCUGUGGAACAGGGCUAUAUUUGUUCAACUGUUUCAGAACCAACAAAACCAAGUGCUCCAGUCAAUUCUUUCAUACAACACCAGCAUGUUUCACCCACUGUUCCUGGUGCAGAUAUGACAGCUAUGACCCCAGCUAUUAAAAUUCCUAUUCCUUGUAUAGAUGCAGACAAAUCACUUCUGGAACAAACAGCAGCCCAUGAACUCAGUGUUGCAGUUUCACAAACCGUCCAAUCUGUAGACCAUACUGCCCCAAAGGUUUUUCCAACCAUAAAUACAACUGUAGCCUUUGUAACUUUAUCUUUUCAACCAACUCAGUCAAUAGGAGUGGACACAAAGCCAAAGACAGGAAAUUUUCAACCUGCAGUAGAAGGCUUUCAUACUGUGACUCCUGCUUUGCAGACAGGACAAGAUACUGCUAUCAUUGUGCCAAAUGUUGAAAGUAUACCCAUGAUAAAACAAGAAACACAGGCUAUCAUUACUAAUACGUUGGCAACCUCCAUUCAACAAGUUCGAAGUCCACCUGUUGUGAGUGUUUCCCCUGUUAUCAGUUCAGAUGCUUCUCCUCUUGUGGGACUGAAAGCUAGCUUGCCUAGUGACUUAACUUUUGCGUCAAUACAACUUGAACCUCAAGUGGCACCUAUCUCCAGAGAAAGAGCAGAUAAGCCAUUCAUUGAAUUUCCACCACCACCUGCAGUUUCACCACCAGCCCUACCACCUGAUAGUUUACCUAAUACACCGUUUAACCAACAGUCAGUGGUACCCACUACUAUUGAAUCUGUCAAAAGUAUAGUGAGCCAAGCACCUACAGCAUCAGUGAAUCAAUUUGCAACCAGCAUACACAAGUCACCUCCCCCAGUCCCACCUAAGCCAUUUUGUGUACCAGGUAGCCUAGCAUUCAGUCACAAAUCAAGAGAAAGUGUAAAACCAUCAGUAAUUCAUGAAUCUACAGUUGCCCAAAUUGGGCAUGCUGCAACUUUACCAAGAACAAGAGAACCUCCCAAGGCCCUUCCACUAUCCUUGACUGCCCCCACUGACAUCAAGCACAGUAUCUCAUCUCCAAAAUCUCCCUUGUCACCUAGAUUUGCUAAAACUCUUGAGACAUAUGUUGUUAUAACACUGCCAUCAGAACCAGGAUCACCAGUGGAAGGUGUUACAACCCAAGCUCCAAUAUGUAGACCAUCUCUACCAACUCCUAAGCAGCAGGGUCUUGCUAUUGAAUCAACAACGUUUACGCCACCUGUGGUGUGUGCACCACUGAUCAUGGUUUCACAACCUGGAAUAGCUCCCCUACCAAAAGUAAUAUCUGGCCCUACUUUUACAGCACCAAUUAUUUCAGGACAAACUGGGGACUCUGCAUCAGAUGUUACAAAUAAGAGCUCAACAGAUGACACAGUUGCUUCAGCAUCAAGUGCAGUUUCAGUACCAUAUUCAAUAGCUCCUAGCUAUGGUUUUGUGCCCCAAACAGAAACAGAUGUACUACCAACCAAAAUGUAUGAGGAAAAAAAUGUUUACUCUGCACCACAUGUGACCACAACAACGUAUCCUGCACCAGAACUGGUUUCCAAACCCACUGUAACAUCAACAGUUCUGGGUGAAAUUUCGGACAUGACUACAGAACCUAAAAUAAAUUUUGUGUCAACAGGGAUUUCAGCUCCACCAUCAAGUAUAGUUUCAAUACCAUAUUCAGUAGCAACAAACCUUGAUUUUGUGCCCCAAAUAGAGACAACAGCAGUACCAAUAAAAAAUAAAAUGUAUGAUGAAAAACCCAUUUACUCUGCAUCACCUAUGAACACAACAGUACAUCCUGCCACAACAGUGGUUUCUGUAGCAUCACCAGAGACAUUGCUUGCAGUAUCCGGUGUGACAGAAAUUCCAGCCAUGACCAUAGAACCAAAUAACAUAUCAGCAGUGAUCUCAGCUACAGAAUUGUGUGCCACUCAUAUUUCAGCUCCACAAUCUCAGUCACUGGUACCUGCAUCACUACAAAUAAAAGAAAUACCUGUAGAGUUGACACCAGCGUCCUUCACAAUAGGUAUUACUCCAACAUCUUCAAGGGAACCUUCAGCUUCACCUGAUGUCAUGCAAGGGCUUGAGAGGCAAAUGAUUCAAACAGUUUACCCUGCUCCUGUAACAGUGACAAAACUCCCACUCUCCUCAGAUAACCUGGCAAAACAAAUGUUGGAACUGGAAGAAGAGGCUAAAUCCACAAAAGGUCCAUCCUCUGACCAGAUUCAACAGCACCAAAUAUGUAUUGAAUCACAACAAAUGGUACCAUCAGUGUCUGCAUCAAUAUAUACUGCACAUACUACAGCAGUACCAUUUGCUCAAUUCAAAAAAUCAGUUGAGAGUCAAGAACUAAGAGGAACUGAUAAAGUCUUGUCUAGCAUGAGCCAGCUGUACUCUACAAUUGCAACAACAGAACAGCACCAAUAUGCAUUACCUAAUCUUUUGGCACAAGUUGUCACAACUGAAGUCCAGAGAACUACUACAGUAUCAGUUGUUCAAGAAAGAAUAGCUCUAGAACCUAUUUCAGAUCCUACAUCCAGACAAGCAACACCUAAACAAAGUGGAAAAACACAUUGUAUUGAUGAUGUUAUAGAUCUCACAACAUUAAAGGUCAGUCUUUCAAUGACUGACAAAGGAAUGGACCUGACAGCCCCUGAUUCAAAUCUGCAGUCUUUCUUAAAUGAUUCAAGUUGUCGACAGAUAACUGCUGUGCAGCCAAAAAUUGUAAACCUAAGUGCUGAGAUAACUCCUGCUACAACACUUUCUGUUGCGACAAAUAGCAUGACUGUUGUUACCUGCACUGCAACAUUCACAUACAACAAUAAUAUUACAGUUGAUGCUACCCCCAACUUGCAAAGUGUUACUUCAAUGCCUCUGCCACUUAAAACACACAAACCAUUUGAACCUCUGGCACAAAUAGUUUACAGACCAGUGAAUUCACAACCAAAACCCAUAUGCAAUACAGAGAUCCCCAUUAAUCUAUCACGUGGGCCUGCUGAAAUCACAGCACUUUCAUCUUUACCUGUCAAAAUGUCCCCAAUAAUCUACACACCUUCCAGUGUACCUAUUCAUAUUGAGGCUUCUGCAGGUGGAGCUAUGGACCUCACAAUAUCAAAGCCAAAGAGAACCAUGUUGGCUCUUACUGCAUCCACUGGAGUGGUUACGAGUGUUGUUGAAGAUGUGGCACCUGUAGAUCUGACAUCAGGGAGGCAAACAGUGUGCUGUGAUAUCCUCUAUAGACUUCCAUUUACAGGAAGCUGCAGAACACAGCCUCCAAUGACCACAACAGAUAAACAGUUUGUUGCAAGAAAUUAUGAUCAACAUAAUGCCACAACCCAAGCACAUGAGGACUUGAGUAAUAUAAAAACAUUAGGGUUUGGUGGAAAUUUCACACAAAAUGGAUUUGUCAGCCAAAAUGAUGCAAGAGAUGGGGCAAUUGAUUUGACAUCAGCAAAAAUGUCAAGAGAUGAGGCCCUGGACUACUCAAAGAAAGGUACAAAGUCAGUGAGUGGGAUAACCACCACUCACUCUUCCCAAGGAAUAUCUUCAGGAAAUAAUAAUGAACUAAGAUCAUCACCUGGAGUUGUGUACUCAUCUGUUGUUCCACCCAUUCCAUCCACAUUUGCAAUUACCACUCAGCCAGGCUCAAUUUUCAGUACAACAUGCAACAGUCUCACCAGUCUAACAAAGCCAUUUUCAACACAGAUCCAGGCUUCACCAUAUGAUCUAAUGAAUUCCACUGAAUUCAACCAAUCAAUAUUCUUAGAAACCGAUCCAUCCAAGGGUAUAUUGCCUUCCACCUUCACCAACCUGCUUCCCUCAAUAUCAGCCUUUCCAGAACUAUAUUCUGAUGCUACUCUUGAGGUCAUUGCAGCCUCUCUGGAUGCCCUUGUCUCCCCAAAUUUCCCUACCUUGGAUGACAGCAAGAGUCAGCAGUACCAAGCUGAACAUGAGUUUUUGCAAUUAGAGAAACUGAAGCAGCUGUGCCUGGCUGAGGAACUUGAAUGGGAGAGACAGGAGAUACAACGUUAUCGUGAACAGGAGCAGCUGAUUGUUCAAAAGGAAUUAGAGGAACUGCAGAGCAUAAAACAACAGCUCCUAAUGCAGCAAGAAGAGGAACGUAAGGCUCAUCUCAUUCUUCAACAGGAGACCUUUGCCCAGCAACAACUACAGCUUGAGCAAAUCCAACUUCUACAGCAGCAACUACAGCAACAGUUACAGGAACAGAAAAUAUAUCCAUAUGGCUUUGAUGGCAUAUCUCAAACCACUAGCUCAGGUGUUGUCCUCAAUUCCCAAUACUGCAGAGGAGAUAAUGGGCAGUACUGGCCAGUGAAGGAUGACAACAUAUUAUCAAAAGUCACUGCCUCUUCAACUAGUCAAGAUCAGUACACUCCAUCUAGUGAUUUAUUGCAGCACAGUUUGAACAUACCUAAUGAAAAUGAUCUUAAACAAACAGAGGAACAAAAACAGGAUUCAGAGAAGCUGCCUGCCAUAGUCACCAAGCAAGUCAGUGGGCAAAAUGUAGAGUCAAGUAUUAAGAAAAUAAGUAGUAAUUGUGUUCAGACAGAUGAGGAGGAAGGCUUGGAAAGGCCUUACUCCGGGAGGAGAAGGAAAAGUAGGAAAAGUGUUGAUAGCUGUGUGCAAACUGAUGACGAGGAUCAGGAUGAAUGGGAUGUCCCUGUAAGAAGCAGGCGCAGAUCUCGUUCCAGCAGAUUUGCAGAUGGGGAAAGGAUUAAAGGCUCCAAAGUAUCCAGCAUUGCAAUCCAAACCGUGGCUGAGAUCUCAGUUCAAACAGAUCAUUCUGGAACUCUAAAGAGGUCACCAGUCCGAGCUCAAGUAGAUGCUACAUUUGACCUGCACAGAGGAGGAGAAAUAGAGAGUGACUCAGACUUUACAUCUGACAAAGAUAAGAAACAUUCAACUCCCAUCGAAGUUGGUGUCAACACUCAUCUAAAAGCAGAUGGUAUGAGCAUCUCUUCAGUACCCAAAUCUCCAAAAGUAUUGUACUCCCCAGUCUCACCUAUAUCUCCUGGAAAGAGCACUCACAGAGUGCUAACAGCUGAACCAACUAGACACCCAAGUAGCCCAAGAUCACUGAAGGCCUCGCAACGAUCUCUGUCUGAUCCCAAGUCUCUGAGUCCCACAGCUGAUGAGAGAAUCAUGUACCAGUAUUCAGAUGCCUGUUCAAGCAAAGGUUCACAGAUCAGUACCCCAGUCGGCUCCCACAAAAAAAUAAAGCGUACCCUUCCUCAUCCACCACCAGAUGAGGACACUGUUGUUGGCCCCUUGGGAUACAGUACUGGUUCAUCCCGAAGAAGAAUGUGUAGGAAUACCACCAUGGCUAGAGCAAAAAUCUUACAAGAUAUUGACAAAGAGUUGGAUUUGGUUGAGAGAGAGUCUUCCAAACUUCGCAAGAAGCAAGCAGAACUGGAUGAGGAGGAGAAAGAGAUAGAUGCCAAGCUGAGAUAUCUUGAAAUGGGUAUUAAUAGAAGAAAGGAGGCUUUAUUAAAAGAAAGGGAGAAAAGGGAAAGGGCAUAUUUGCAAGGUGUGGCAGAGGAGAGGGAUUAUAUGUCUGAUAGUGAGGUUAGUAACAACAGAGAAACACGGGGUAAUGGUCAUGGACUGGAACGACCAAGGACUGCCCCUCAGUCAGAAUUUAAUCAGUUCAUUCCACCACAGACUGAAGCUGAUUCUCAAUAUGCACAACUUGCAUACUCUCAUUACCAGUAUGCCUCGCAAAAUGAGUCCCCAAGUCACUAUUCCCAGCAAACUCUGUACCAACAGCCAUCACUUUAUCAUCAACAGGUGUCUCCCUAUCAGACCCAGUCAAUAUAUUCUUCAGUGCCCACACUUAGCCAACAAUCACAACAAACAGAUUAUGACCAUGCUUCCCAGCUCCUUCUAAUGCAACAGAAAACCCGGCAAACUACUUUGUCUGACUUGGAGCCAAAGAUAACCACUAAUUAUGAAGUUAUAAGAAAUCAACCUCUCCUAAUUGUCCCCACAUCGACAGAGAGUGCCUAUGGGGUCUCACAUCUUGGAAGUAAAUACAAUAACCUAGACCUGAGGAUUGGGCUUGAGGAAAGAGGCAGUAUGGCUAGCAGUCCCAUGUCCAGCAUUUCAGCAGAGUCCUUCUAUGCAGACAUUGACCAUCACAAUGUCAGAAACUAUGUUAUGAUUGAUGACAUAGGUGAACUCACCAAGGGGUCUAGAGGCUUGGGAUCAAGCUUCAAUGUUCCUGAUAAGGAUAUCAGCAAAAGUGAUCGGCUACUUCGUGUCGCUGAUGUUCGUCGAACACCAGAUGUAACUGACUUCAUUGGACCUCUACAGGCCACCUCAAGAUUACAUUCAUAUAGUAAGCCUGAGGAGGACUCGAUGGAGGAGCCAUAUGAGUUAAAGCUGCUAAAGCAGCAAAUCAAGCAAGAGUUUCGGAGGGGCUCAGACAGUCUGGAGCAACUCACAGGUCUUCCUCACUACUUACACACUGAUAGUUUUAGGCAUUUUCCUAAAUCUGAAAAAUAUAGCAUUGGAAGACUUACACUAGAAAAGCAAGCUGCUAAGCAGCUUUCAGCCUCGGUCCUUUAUCAGAAACAGUUAAAGAAUAAAAGAGCACUAAUUGAUCCUAAAAUAACAAAGUUUUCCCCUAUACAAGAGAGCCGGGACCUGGAACCUGAUUACAGCAGUUUUUUGUCUUCCACUGGAUCAGCAAUGGGUGGACUAUCCAGUAGAGCAAGGCUGCUUCAGGAUGAGAUCACAUUUGGUCUGAGGAAGAACCUAGCUGAGCAGCAGAAAUAUCUGGGCUCUACGCUUAGCACCAAUCUGGCUCAAUCACUAAAUAUUGGUCACUCUCUCAACCUUGGCCCAAAUUUGAGAUCAUCCCUCCCAGAUGAUGGGACUUAUCCCAGCGGUACUCGAUCCAGACCUUCUUCGAGGCCGUCCUCUGUAUAUGGACUUGACUUAUCCAUCAAAAGAGACCUUUCCAGCUCUUCACUAAGGUUAAAGUCAGAGGCUGAAGGCAUAGACUCCCAAUUUGGAAUAGCAAGGGUAAAACCAACAAGUUUACCUAUCAGCCAAAGUAGGGGCCGUAUUCCCAUUGUGGCACAGAACUCAGAAGAAGAGAGCCCACUGAGCCCAGUUGGGCAACCCAUGGGUAUGGCAAGGGCAUCUGCCGGUCCUCUACCACCUAUCUCUGCUGAUUCUCGGGACCAGUUUGGUUCCAGUCACUCUUUGCCGGAGGUACAGCAGCACAUGAGAGAAGAAUCACGAACGCGUGGCUAUGAUAGGGAUAUAGCCUUCAUUAUGGAUGACCUACAGGGAGCUAUGUCAGAUAGUGAAGGAGGUCCUAGCUGGAAAGUAGAAGCCUACCACCUGCAGCAUGAAGAGACUGACUGGUUUGAUAAACCACGUGAAGGACACAGUGGAUUAAAGCCAGGACAAGAUAAAAGACAGGUGAAAGCUAUGCAUUAUCCUUUCCCUCACACUCGUAUUAAACUCCAGAGAGACCCUAAGGACCACAGUGUUUCAGGGGGUGGUUUUGGUGUACGAGUGGUGGGAGGGAAGGCAAUUCCAGGUACUUAUGGAGAAAUUGGGGCAUACAUUGCUAACUUGGCACCAGCAGGCACUGCUGAACUGUCAGGGAAGGUUGUAGAAGGAAUGCAGGUCCUGGAGUGGAAUGGAAUCCCUUUGAUGGGAAAGACCUAUGAGGAAGUACAGAGCAUUGUGGGUCAGCAGAGUGUGGAGGUAGAAAUAUGUUUGCGCCUAGAUCUGAAUAUGCGCUCAGACAGUCCCAAGUAUCUAGAGCUGCAGUCUCAGCUAAAAGUCGCUGAACACCAGCGUUCUCCAGGUGUCGAUCCUAAGCAGUUGGCUGCAGAGCUGCAGAAGGUCUCUCAGCAGCAGGCGCCUUCCUCUGUGCUGACUGUGCUGGAGAAGGCAGGACAUCUUCACUCAGCAACAGGAUCUACUGCUUCCAGUGGAGUCCCUAGCCCUGGACAACCUGGAUCUCCCUCGGUCAGCAAGAAACGUCACAACAAGUCAGGUGAUGGCCUGAAACCACAACCACAUCCCAUCACUGGUGAUAUACAACUGCAAAUCAAUUAUGACAGGAAUAUGGGUAACUUGAUCGUCCAUGUUCUACAAGCCCGAAACCUUGCACCAAGAGACAACAACGGAUAUUCAGACCCAUUUGUUAAGGUGUAUCUUCUUCCAGGGAGAGGACAAGUCAUGGUUGUCCAGAACGCAAGUGCUGAAAAUAAGAGAAGAACCAAAUAUGUGCAGAAGACCCAGAACCCUGAGUGGAACCAAACGGUCAUCUAUAAAAACAUUCACCUCGAGCAGCUGAAGAGAAAAACCCUUGAGGUGACAGUAUGGGACUAUGCCAAAUAUUCAUCCAAUGAUUUCUUGGGAGAAGUGCUUAUAGAUCUGUCUAACACUGCUCAGUUGGACAACAUGCCUCGCUGGCACCCUCUAAAGGAACAAAGUGAAAGCAUCCACCAUGGUAGAGGACAUCCACCACACGGAGGAGGCGGAGGAUCAGGUGGCCAAGGAGGCCAAGGAAGCCAUGGAGGUCAGGGAGGCCCCGGAGGGCCAGGUGGAACUGGGGGCACAGGAGGGCACCCGAGCAGCGAACAAUCCCCCAAAACCUCUGUCAUCAAGAGCAGAAGUCAUGGCAUCUUCCCUGACCCUGCUAAAGAUACUCAGGUCCCCACUAUUGAGAAAUCCCAUAGUAGCCCAGGCAGCUCAAAAUCCUCGUCUGAGAGUCAUCUGCGUUCACAUGGCCCCUCUCGCAGUCAGAGCAAGAGCAGUGUUACUCAGGCUCACCUUGAGGAUGCUGGGAACGCUAUUGCUGCUGCCGAGGCCGCAGUAGAGCAAGCCCGCCUCCAGCCAAACAGAGUAGGACACAUACUGAAUGACGGAGAUGGGUACACCCUGGACAGUGAAGAUGGCACAGGCACCAAUGCAGUGGACAGUGCUAUCUUUCAGGUGCCUCAGCUGAAGACGAUUCCUAAUGGUUUGGAUCUGAGAGGCUCAGACUCUCUGAAGAAUCUACAUGACUCUGAAAAUAAGAACCAUAUGAUUGGCGAGAUCAAGGUGGCACUGAAGAAAGAGAUAAAGACUGAAGGAGAACAGCUGGUUCUGGAGAUUCUGCAGUGCAGGAACAUUACUUACAAGUUCAAAUCACCAGAUCAUCUGCCUGAUUUGUAUGUGAAGCUUUAUGUGGUUAACGUGGCCACACAGAAGCGGAUCAUAAAGAAAAAGACAAGAGUGUGUCGUCAUGACAGAGAGCCUUCCUUCAACGAGACUUUCCGCUUCAGUCUCAACCCAGCCGGUCACUCCAUUCAGCUGUUCCUGGUGUCUAAUGGAGGGAAGUUUGUGAAGAAGACACUGAUUGGCGAAGCUUACAUCUGGUUGGACAAAGUGGACAUGCGGAAGCGAGCGGUGAGCUGGCACAAAUUAGUAGCCAGUUCUCCUCAUACACAGCCCUGA